AAACGAGACUUUACAGAUGUGUUUCAGGCGAGAUCAGUUGAGGCGGUGGGACUUCGUUCGCGCUGCGGGAUCAACUUCUUUCCGAGGGUCUACCGUCUCCUACUCGGUCUCCUUGAGUUCAAUGUAACAGACAUCGUAAGCAGCAUAGGUCAAGGUGAUCGGGGAGUUACUUUGUGAUAGAAUUGAACACAUUUAGUCGGGGUUUUAAACGCAGAAGAAAAUGCCUGUAGCUUCUCUCCUGCCUUUCACAGCCACUCCGAAUAGGAAGUCCGCCAGCCCGACCUCCUUCAGGCUCACGGAGAAAUUCAUCCUGCUUUUAGUGUUCAGCGGCUUCAUCACCCUGUGUUUCGGAGCUAUCUUCUUCUUGCCUGAUUCGUCAAAGCUGCUCAGCGGAGUUUUCUUCCGCUCGUCCUCGGUGGAGGCAGAGACGCGCACAGGUACGGUCAGUGACACCAGCACCGGCACGGGCAAGGAUGAGAAGAUCCUGGCCAAGAUCAGAAAAGACCACGAAAAGGCGCUGAUUGAGGCCAAGGACACCCUACAGAAACGUCCGGACGAGAUCAAGCAGGACAUCAACAGCGACAAAGAGAAACUUGCUCUAAACGGACAGGGGAAAGGAUCGAAAGGUGACAGUUUGCCGUUCCUUCAGUACAUGCGGCCGCCUGGAGCAACAGGGCACGAGCCCGCCGAUCCGGACGUUAAAGCGAAAAGAGCCAAGAUAAAAGAGAUGAUGCAGUUUUCUUGGGACAAUUACAAGCGCUACGCCUGGGGCUCCAACGAACUGCGUCCCGUCUCUAAGCAAGGCCACUCCAGCAAUUUGUUUGGUAGUCUCAAAGGAGCCACCAUUGUGGAUGCGCUGGACACGCUCUACAUUAUGGAGAUGUAUGAUGAGUUUGAGGCUGCUACCGAGUGGGUGGAAAGGAAUCUAGACUUUAACAUGAAUGCCGAAAUCUCCGUCUUUGAAGUGAACAUCCGUUUUGUUGGAGGCUUGCUGUCCGCCUAUUAUCUCUCAGGCAAAGAGGUGUUCAGGAGAAAAGCUGUUGAACUAGGAGAGAAGCUGUUGCCGGCUUUUAAGACCCCGACUGGCAUCCCUUGGGCUCUUCUCAACCUAAAGAGUGGGAUCGGCAGAAACUGGCCAUGGGCGUCAGGAGGAAGCAGUAUUCUCGCCGAAUACGGGACGCUGCAUUUGGAGUUCAUGCAUCUCAGCGAGCUUUCCGGGCGACCAGAUUUUGCAGAGAAGGUAAUGAACAUCAGAAAGGUGCUGAAUCGACUGGACAAACCUCAAGGGUUGUACCCAAAUUACCUGAACCCUAACAGUGGACAGUGGGGCCAGCAUCACGUCUCGGUUGGAGGCUUGGGGGACAGUUUCUACGAGUACCUGCUGAAGGCCUGGCUGAUGUCAGACAAAACUGAUGAGGAGGGAAAGAAGCUUUACUACGAUGCCCUGCAGGCGAUUGAGAAGAAUUUGAUCCGUAAGUCAAGCGGAGGGUUGACGUAUAUCGCUGAAUGGAAAGGUGGACUCCUGGAACAUAAGAUGGGUCACCUGACCUGCUUCGCCGGUGGUAUGAUCGCUUUAGGGGCGGACGGAGGCCCUGAUGAUAAGACGGGUCAUCAGAUGGAACUGGCGGCUGAGAUCGCCCGCACGUGUCAUGAGUCUUACGCCCGAACAAGUAUGAAGCUGGGUCCUGAGGCCUUCCGUUUCGACGGCGGAGUUGAAGCCAUCGCCACGCGGCAAAACGAGAAGUACUUCAUCCUGAGGCCGGAGGUCAUCGAGACGUACAUGUACAUGUGGAGGUUCACCCACGACCCCAAAUACAGACAGUGGGGCUGGGAGGCGGUGCAGGCUCUGGAGAAGUACUGCAGGGUGGAAGGGGGUUACAGUGGAGUGAGAGACGUCUACGCUAACACUCCCAACCAUGAUGACGUGCAGCAGAGCUUCUACCUGGCUGAAACACUCAAGUAUCUGUAUCUUUUGUUCUCCGACGAUGACCAUUUGCCCUUCGAACACUGGGUGUUCAACACGGAGGCCCAUCCUCUUCCCGUCAUUAAGAAACAGAAUGUAGAAAUAGCAAACCAUCUCAAGUAAUCUUCAUCCAACCCCAAAGCGCCACCGAGACGUCAUUUUCUGGACCUGCUUUAACAGUGGACAAGAGCUAUGGACACAAAACCCCUGUGGCUGGCGAGUUCCUGUCCUUUGGGAAUUUUCUGGAAUUUCAUGUGUUUCUCCACAGCCGUCUCGCCUCUUCCGUCUCUUCUCGGGAUUCUGCAUGCUGCCCCGUUCCCUCUCUCUGUCCUUGACACUAUGGACACGUCUCUGAGCCUCAGAGACACAGAAGGACGAUAUUUCCUCUGUGAGGAGACCAGACCAGUUCAUUUUCCAUCGUACUUGCCCUCUCACACAUGUUAUAAAGCCAUAGGUAAUUCAGAUUUCAUCUGCAUCCUUGUGUUUUUUGCAUCAUGUGUGUUUACAGGAGCGGAGAUGAGAGACAUCCACUGAACUUUGCUGUUUCUUGCUGUCUGUUUCUUUCGGGAUGAGGUUUGGUUUGGUGUUUUGAGGCUUUAUUCGACAGCAAGGUAGUGAAACCAAGUCCACUAGUGCCUUUUAGUCUUACUGAUCAUUUUAGUCAAGUUUUAAUAGCAACACUCGAUUUAUUUUCGCUGUGACCGAAGGUAUCUUCCUACAGGCCUACAGCCCUCUUACCCUCGUGAUGGAUGUAGGAAUCAGUCGUUUAUCGUUCAUUCCUCUACAUUUGUAAGCUUACUUUGUUUCAUAAAAUGUGUACAAAAUGUGUUUUGAUUGUUUACUUAAUCAACGGAGGCAGAGAAUUUUAUCCUAGACAUGUAAAAUAAAGUACUUUGUGUUAAUUUAUUACUCAAGACAUAGGGUUUUUGUCAUUUUUCAGUGUGAAGAGCAGGGAAACUAUGGAGCCCAUAAAGGAGACAUGAUAACAGGAAAAAAUAUGAUGAGAGGGAAAAAUUACAUUUCAAUGCUUUUGCAUUCCCUUGCAAAACUAAUGCUUUUCCCCUAGAAACUUAGUGUUCAAAGUUUCGCGAGCAAGGAACGUUUCUCGGUAAUACAAAAAAAAGUUUGAGUGAAGGCAAAAGUUUUGCGAAAAACUUUGGGCAACAGUUUCUUUGUGGAAUGCAGAAGUUGUGCAUGUGCAAACAGAAGUUUUAUGAGUUGAUGCAAAAGUUCCUCUGUGGAAUUCUGAAGUUUUUGUAAACGAAAGCAAAAGUUUCACUGCGGAAUGCAGGUUUGCAAUCAAACUCAAAAAAUUCCCUAGUGAAUGCGAAAGUUUCUCUGUGGUAUGCAAAACUUUUUGUGAGCGAAUGCAGAAGUUUUGCGAACAGGCACAAAAGUUAACAGGCGAACACAAAACUUUUGCAAGCAAACACAUUUUUCCGGGGGAAUACAAAGUUUUGUGAAUUAACGAAGGUUUUGCGAAGUUUCUUAAAGUAACAAACAUAUUUGUGAGUGAACCCAAAAGUUUCUUGAGAGAAUGCAAAGAUUUUGUGAGAACACAUAAGCACUGAAAUAUAUAUUUUUUUUUCUCCCAUGUAAUCGCCAUGUCCCUUUAUGAGCUCUGUAGUAAACCGCGAUGAUGCUGCUUGAAUCCAUUGGAAAAGUGUUUUAUUAGGACAACACGGGCAGCAUCAGUCAAAAAGGGGAAUGAAUAUAUUUGUAUGAAUGUACCACCAAAUGUGAAUUGAACAUACUUUGGCCUAGUUGUUGUGAUCUAUCAUUUUAUCUGUUUGUGCAUUCGUUUGAUUUAUCAUGAAAGCACAAAGUUGUGAAUAUAUAAAAAUAUAAAUCAGUAUAUUUGGGUUCUCCAUGAAGAAAAUAAUAGGAAUAUUACUGUAGGACAACGUGACAGCACAAAUGAGGAAUUUCAGUGAAAAAAAGAUGCAAAACAAUGAAAGCAAAUCAGUCCAUGGCACUGGAUACAAUACACACACUCACAAAAGAAUCGCAUACACUACAUAACAUAACCACAUUCCAAUUCAUGGAAGAAUAGACCAAUUCCCAUGUUAUUAGUAUGUUUUGGGAAUUUGAGACAUCAAAUUUGAGGUUGGUGGAGUAGGGCUUAUGCUACCGUCUACAUUUAGACAUGGUUCCCAAAACUUCUCAAAACUAAACUACCCUGCUUAACUAGCAUGGUGUGGCGCCUAGGUGAAAAUAAAUACCUCGCAGAGAUUCCUCUCUUGAGGCCAGCGACUGCAACGCUUGACAUGGUAUUUCUCCGCUGUAUGUGUGCUGACGAACAGCGUACUGUCAGAGUUAGGAGUCACAAUAUAUGAAAGUACCAUCAUCUCGAGGGAGGCCCGUCUUAAAACACUGUGACACUGUAGAUAAGACAUCACGCUCACUGUAUUCAUGAUACUGCGAAUCUAAAUGAUGUUUAGCACUGCUUAGCGCGGACUAGCGAUUUGUGCUGUCUCUUUAGUGAAAGUGAUUCCUCAAGCUGUGACUGAGAAUCCUGCAGCGACUCUUAAGUGACGUUCAGGAGCAGAUGUUUCCUCGCAUCUGGUUGCGAUACGCAGAAUAGGAGAUGUGCUUUUCAGAUUAAGAAUUUGUUGUUUAGAUAUUGUGUUGAUGAUCUUGCAUAGAAAAUGCCUUUUUUGUGUGUGUGAUUCUUGUCAUUUAUUCCUUCAUGAGACAACCUCAGAAAUGUAACUGUACAAUAUUGCUGAUAAUCAUUCCAUUGCACAUAGUCUGAUUUCAUUUUUUUCUUUAAUAUAUAUGCAAUUAAUUUUGUGGGAAAGUUUGGUUUUAUUAUUGUUUCUUUAAUUUGUUUUUUUAAUUGUACAUAUCUCAUUCUGGCAAAAUGCCAGCCAUCAUUUAUAUAAAUCUUAUGAUCUGAUGUAAUAAAUUAUAUUAAAGAGCAGCAAAGGUUUUUGAUAAACUAUAUUUGUUACACUUAAAUUGUGAAUAAAACGAUCUUUUAAUAAAA